GCCCGGAAACACCCAGAGUGCGGUUAGCUCUUGUUUGGCCAACAGCUUUUCCUCAGACAGAACAGAAGAACAGCGAAGAUGGCGGCGCUUCGAGUCGUGGUGCUCUCGGGGAGUGGGAGAGCUCUCCUCUGCACGCCUAAGACCGUUAAAACCCCAAAGGCCAACAUGUCCUUCGCCAGCCUGUCGGGGAGGAAGAAGAUCGCCCUGUCCACUCUGGGCGUGGUCACGGCGGGCGGCGCCGGGCUCGCCCUGAUGCUGCACCAGUCCGUCAAGGCCUCCGACCUGGAGCUGCACCCGCCCCACUACCCCUGGAGCCACGCCGGGCCGCUGUCCUCCCUGGACCACGCCAGCAUCCGCCGUGGCUACCAGGUGUACAAGCAGGUGUGCUCCGCCUGCCACAGCAUGGAGUACCUGGCCUUCAGGAACCUGGUGGGGGUGUCGCACACAGAGGAGGAGGUGAAGGCCAUCGCUGAGGAGGUGGAGGUGGUGGACGGCCCCGACGAGAGCGGCGAGAUGUUCACCCGGACGGGGAAGCUGUCCGACUACUUCCCCAAGCCCUACCCCAACCCGGAGGCGGCCCGCGUGGCCAACAACGGCGCCCUGCCGCCAGACCUCUCCUACAUCGUCAACGCCAGACACGGCGGCGAGGACUACGUGUUCAGCCUGCUGACGGGCUACUGCGAGCCCCCGGCGGGCGUGGCCGUGAGGGAGGGGCUCUACUACAACCCCUACUUCCCCGGCCAGGCCAUCGGCAUGGCCCCGCCCAUCUACAACGAGAUCCUGGAGUUCGAGGACGGAACCCCCGCCACCAUGAGCCAGGUGGCCAAAGACGUGUGCACCUUCCUGCGAUGGGCCGCCGAGCCGGAGCACGACCAGCGAAAACGCAUGGGACUGAAGCUGCUGAUGGGCGCCGGCAUCCUGGUCCCGCUGCUCUACUACAUGAAGAGGCACCGCUGGUCCGUCCUGAAGAGCCGCAAGAUCGCCUACCGGCCCCCCAAGUAAAGGCAGGCCCCUCACACACCCCGACCGGGCCUAAAACCCAAGAGAGCUGCGUUCAAAGACCCCACAACACUCACCUCAGGAUGCGCGCAACAAGCAGACACACACACACACACACACACACACACACACACACACAUGCCUUCUAACAGCGGGUGGAGUAAAGGUAUAUACACACACUAUGUGGGCUUAUGUGGAAAAGGCCUUUUUUCUUAGUUCUAGGCAUGGUUAGAACCAGUGUGGCUAACAUUUCUGUAUCGAUAAUAAGAGUCC